AUGGCGUCCGGUUUAGAGGCAAACGAUGACCUCUACUAUCUUCAACCCGAUUUCGACCUGAAUUCGCUGACAGUGCCACGGCUUCGGUCCAUUCUUGUUAACCAUGAUAUUUCGUAUCCUGCAUCUGCGAAAAAAUCUCAACUGGUAGCUAUCCUGGAAAGUGAGGUUAUUCCACAAGCUAAGAAACUGCUGCGUGAGCGGGAACGGGUGCGAAGGACAAGCAGGGGAAUAACAAAUAUGUCACAUAACGGUGCACCUGAACCCAGCCUUGAGGUAGAUGAGGAGGGGCCCGAGACAUACGAUAGGCGCCAAAGAAGCAGAUCAAGAGCGACUAGAUCUAGCACCAGGGCAUCGACUGCUGAGUCGGAGUAUAGGGCCACUUCACCUCUCUCUGCGGCAAAGAGGGUAACUAGGGGCUCAAGCAAACAUCCGCGAUCGUCAGAUACCGAUAUGCCGGAGAAUUACGACAACACUCCUCUUGCUACACCGAUAAGACCAAGCGGAAAGAAGUCGAGAAAAAGUGAGGCGUAUCUUACCCCCCGUGCAUCUCACUACGAUAAUUUUGAAACACCGACAGCUAUCAAAAGUGAUUACACUGUGGACACACCUUUUACAGACGAUAACCCUUUCCAGGGUGGCAGUUCUCCAUUGAAUAGUCCCCAAUCUAGAUCACCAAAUGCAGAGCAUCGAAGAAAGAGUGGAUUCAGGCGGCUGUCCGAGGCCGAAGAGAAGAGAAAGCGAAGAUCCGAGCUGCGAACACCGGCAAAGGUGAAACAAGAGGACGAUAUACAAGUCCCUACGCGAUCUACAUUUGAUGUGCCACUUUCCAAAUUCGAAAGGACGCCUAAAUUCGAGGAACAGUCUGAUUUCGAUCCCGGAGAAGAAUUCACGCCUGACGAACAGUUGGCGCUAGAUCAAGAGCAGGCGUAUGGCGGAAGGCGAAAAUCCAUACUGAGAGGCCGGUCACAAAAUGAACGCAGCAGUAGCGGUGCCUUUGCAUCAUGGUUUGUUAUUUUAACACUGCUAAGUGGCUUUGGCCUUUGGUGGCGGAGAGAUAAGAUUGAAAUAGGCUACUGUGGUGUUGGCAAAGCCCAUUGGUCUUUGGAGGACACCAACGUGCCAUCUUGGGCAAAUAUUAUCGAACCACAGUGUUUUGUUCUCAAACCUCACCCGCUGUCAUUGGGCGGUAUCAUCCCUCUACCUCCUACCUGCGAAGCAGAUGGCGAAAAGGCCCGACGUAUCAAAGUGGUUGCGGAUAAAGCCGUUGAAGAAUUAAGGACCCAACGCGCAAAGUUCGAGUGUGGCGAAUCCACCGAAGAGACAGAUGAGGUAGUUACUACACCAGAAGUCACGGCUACUGAGCUUCAGGCAAAAGUAGGCAAUCUGAGAAGGAAGGGAAUGUCGGAUGAAGAAUUUGAAGACCUUUGGAAAGGUGCUUUGGGCGAGAUAACCGGGCGCGAAGAGAUCGUUGUCACCACAGGUCCAUCAUCCAGCUCAGACAUCAGACUCACAUCAACAUCUCUCGCAAAACUAUCUUUCAGCUGCUCCAUCCGCCGCCACCUCCGACUCUCUCUCCUCGCAUAUCGACUCCCUAUUCUCGUUUUAGUUAUCUGCUGCUUACUCGCUGCAUAUAUCCGAUCGCGUAUUUUAGCCGGGCGGUCUGAUGCCGCUCGUGUUCCAUCUUUAGUUGGUAUGACACUAGACCGGCUUGCUACACAGGCUGCACUUCAUGCCCGCGGCGAAGCACUAGAACCCUGGAUAUCUGUGGGUCAGCUGCGCGAUGAUGUACUACGUGAUGAGCUACGGGGAAGUCGCCGUGAGAAGUUGUGGAAGCGUGUACAAGCAAUAGUUGAAGGGAAUGCUAAUGUUAGGGCUUCUGUCCGUGAGGGCCGUGGAGGUGAUGUCUCCAGGGUGUGGGAAUGGAUUGGCGGCGUCAGCGGCGUCGUGAAUGAAUGGGAUUCAGCUACCCGUCGGGAGAGUUCGAAGGUUAAAUUCUCACUCUCGCCCUCUUCCGAGGGUGUGACGGUACACACGCCCGACACCAGCUCCAGGAGAGAGAGCAAGAAAUGGGAUGAGGGAAGGCCAAUAUAUUAG